CAAUUCUACUAGCUAUGGCAAAAGGUAAAGGUAAAAAUAAAGGUUCAGAUGAUAGACCUUCGUCGUCGUCGCGGACUUCGAAUGGUCAUAAAUCUAAACAGCAUCAUAUAAGAAAGGGCCGUCAAGAAGGAGGUGCCUCAUUAUCUUCGAAUUCUAAUGAUGAUGAAAAAUUCCCAGUCAAAUUAGCAAUGUGGGAUUUUGAUCAUUGUGAUCCUAAAAGAUGUUCAGGUAAAAAGUUGGAGCGUCUUGGUCUUAUCAAAAACUUAAGAGUUGGUCAAAAAUUUAACGGUAUCGUCGUUUCUCCAAAUGGUAAAGGUGUUGUUUGUCCAGAUGAUAAAGAAAUUGUUGAAAAUUUUGGUGCUGCAGUUGUUGAAUGUUCUUGGGCUAGAUUGGAUGAAGUUCCUUUUAACAAAAUUGGUGGUAAGCAUGAACGUUUACUACCCUACUUGGUAGCAGCUAAUACAGUUAAUUAUGGUAGACCUUGGAAAUUAAAUUGUGUGGAGGCUUUAGCUGCUUGCUUUGCAAUUGUAGGUCAUAUUGAUUGGGCAACUCAGUUGUUACAAAAUUUUUCAUGGGGGUUGGCAUUUUUGAAUAUUAAUGAAGAGUUGUUACAAAUUUAUCAGCAAUGUACUGAUUCAGAAUCUAUAAAUAAAGCUCAAGAUGCUUGGUUAGAAAAAAUAGAAAAUGAAGUCAAGGAAAGAAAAGAAAGAUCUAAAGAUCAAGAUAUAUGGAUGAUGGGUAACGUUAAUAGAAAAGGUGCUGAGAGUGAAGACGAUGAUGACGGUGAUAGCGAAGAAGAUGUACAAUAUGAUGCUUUGGGUAAUGUUAUAACCAAGGACAAAGAGCUCAAAUAUGAUAAUUUGGGUAAUAUUAUCAGUGAUGAGUCUGACCAAGAAUCGGAAGAAGAAUCGGAAGAAGAGGUUGAUGCCUUGGGUAACGUAAUAAAUAAGAGUAAUACUAAGUUUGAUGAAGAUGUUGAUGGAGAAGACGAAGCUGAAGACGAACAAUACGAUAAUCUAGGCAAUCUUAUCUCCAAUAAUCAUCUCACCAAAAAAAUCAACAAUAUCAGUUUAAAUGCAUCUACAUAGUUUAAUAUACGGGUAAUUCCAGUUCUAUAUUCCUUUCAACUCGUUGAAUUGUGGAGCUCACAUCGGAUGAUUCGUUCAAUUUCACCGAGUUCUUAGUAGUUGGAAACUUUGAACACAAGGUUUAAGGUUCCGCUUAAUAACUUUUCACUUCAAAAGGC